AAAAAAACAAAUUGGAUUAUUUCUUUAAAUCCAAUUCUCAGUUCUACCGGUAGAACUCAGAAUUGAAAUCGCAGAAUCGCCGUCGGGUUUUUGGCGAAUUCUUCCGAUCAACCGUGGCUUCUUCAGGAUCCUCAGGUCUGUCUCGGAGAAAACAAUCGGCUUCCGCUUCUACUCCGCCGUCAGCGCCGACGAGGAUCGUCUACAGAGAGAGAGUUCCGCCGUCGCAUCCCGAUUUGCCUUUCUGGCAGCGUAACUGGUUCAUUGCCUUGCUUUUCGUUAUGGCCAUCGGUUUCUUCUCUCUUGCGAUUUUUCUCUUCCUCGGUCUCGAUCUUCACCAGGGCUCCCCGUCGUCCGCAUCUGCUGCGUCCUCCGAGGGCGUUGAGAUUACUUAUGGAACAGUUCUAAAGCUAAUGCACGAGAAAACUAAAUUCCGUUUGCAUUCCCAUGACGUGCCUUAUGGUUCUGGAAGUGGACAACAGUCGGUCACCGGGUAUCCAAAUGUUGAUGAUGCCAAUAGCUACUGGAUAGUAAGACCUGAACUUGGGACAUCAGCGAAACAGGGCGACCCCAUUAAAAGUGGGACAAUUAUCAGAUUUCAACACAUGGGGACAAGGAAAUGGCUUCACAGCCACUUGCAUGCAUCCCCAAUAUCAGGAAAUCUAGAGGUUAGUUGCUUUGGCGAUGAUUCGAACUCCGACACUGGUGAUUACUGGAAGCUUGUGAUUGAAGGGAGCGGGAAGACAUGGAAGCAAGGACAGAGGAUUCGGCUUCAGCACGUCGAUACCGGGGGCUACCUACAUAGUCAUAACAAGAAGUACAGCCGCACAGCCGGAGGGCAGCAGGAGGUCUGUGGAGUCCGGGAAAAGCGAGCUGACAAUGUCUGGCUGGCCGCGGAAGGUGUUUACCUCCCUGUUAUGGAGACAAAGUAGAGGUAACCGUGUAUUUAACUUUCAAGAUUAGGUUACUAGGUUUUUGAAAUAUUGAGAAAUUUUUUUAAUUUUUUUAAUUUUUUUACCGUUGAGUUGAUUAUUUAACUUAAGAAUGGUCGAUGAGGUCGUUACUUCAACAGGAUCUGUUCUAUAGGUUGUAUAAGGUUGUUCUUGAGUUUUUAUAGAACGACCAUAGCU